AUGUUCAGGAUCAUUGUUUGCCUACUGACGUAUCUACUGUCGUUCGGUUUAUUGGCAGAAACUAGGCCUACACUCAAGGCUGAUUAUAAUAUCGAUCAUUACGAGAUCAGCAGCGACCCAAAUGGACAAACAUUUUCCUACAAAACAUUGGACAACCAAUGGCGCGAUGAAACGGUGGAGAUAAAUCCCAAAACCGGAGCGCUUGUUAUAUCCGGUUGGUACAGAUAUACCGGACCGGAUGGCAUCAUCUAUCAGGUCAAGUACGUGGCAGAUGAGAACGGUUUUCGACCGCUCGGUACACAUCUUCCCGGUGCCGAUUUGUCCGAUCCGAACGCGUUCAAUGUUUUAACGCCGCUCGUCGACAGUGGCAUUUCACGAACAGUGUUGUUAUCAUUGGUUGGGUGAAGUUUUGUUGU